AUACAAGACUGUCCAGUGUCCACGUAUAAAACCCACACCAGUUCAUAAACAAUUAAUGCACCAUAGCGAUAGCAUAUUCAGCUUCACUUGCGGACAAUUGUGGUAAUUAAAAAAUGGGUCGUCUUCAACAAUCGGUUUACGCCUUCAUUUCUCGAGGCGUGGACAUCAGCACCUGUUGCUGCUCUAUUCUAUGGGAUCCACCUGCCCAUUGCCCUUGGUGAACCUGUUCUGAUAUACAUCUCCCAAGGCUCACAAUCAGUACAUUACUCCACUAGUUUGAUGAACCUGAUGGGUAUGCACACAUUCUGUCAAGAACCGUAGUAACUCAAGAACUCCAUUUGUAUCUUCAACCCAUUGUAUAAAGAAAGAGUGAUGGAAAAUAUACCACUGGAGAUCAUCUUGUACGGCGUACUCCCAAGAUUGCCUGCUAAAUCUCUAAAGUGCUUCAACUGCGUUUCCAAACCAUGGCUAGCCUUGAUAUCUAGCAAUGAGUUCAUCAACGAUCAUCUCCACUAUACUCUUGCAUCAAACACAAAUCACCUUCUAAUUCUCACCGGAAAUGACACUUGCCUCUACUCAUGCAACUUGGAUUUUCCAAAAGGCGGUACUGUCAAGUUGCCGAGCUUUGGUAUUGAGCCCUCGGUUGUUGGAUCUUGUAAUGGCUUGCUUUGCAUUCAAAGUUAUAGGCCUUAUUGUCUUGUUUUGCUUAAUCCGUCAACUGGAAGCUACCGGGAACUUCCCUCUUUGCUUCCAUCUAGAAGAUGUUCUGCUAUGAAUUUUGGGUUUGGGUUUGAUAGUAAAAAUGAUGAUUAUAAAGUGGUCAGAAUAGUAGACCGUUAUUCUUCCUUGGGGUUCCUUGGUUACCAUAUGGAUAGAAUAGUUCAUGUUUAUAGCUUGAAGAAAAAUUCCUGGGAAGUAAUUGAGUGGACAUCACCUGAAUGUUCAAUGGGACCCUCCCGUGAAAAUGGUGCCCUUGUAAACAACCAUCUUCUUCAUUGGAAGUUUUGGUGUUUAUUGGAAAGUAAGUAUCGGAUACGUUGCUUUGACCUCUGUGAAAAACAAUGGAUCAAUGAUGUCCCUUUGCCGGACUGUAUGGAAAUGGGUUUUAACACUUAUUCUGAUCAGAAUAGCAAUACACAAGAUAGACUGCUAGAUCUUUGGGUUUUCGAUGGACGUUUGUAUUUGUCGAUCAAAAAUCAAAAGCAAUCGGCUGUUGAUAUAUGGGUCAUGAAUGAGUAUGGUAUAAAAGAUUCUUGGGUUAAGCUGUUUGAAAUAUCAGAUCCAAGGGUGUUCGAAUCAACACGAGUUUCACUCAUUGCUUAUCAAAGCAUUAAGCGUCAGAUUUUGCUUAGGAUAGUGUAUAAAGCUGAGCAUAAGAUUUUGUGGUACGAUAUUGAGAGUGAAACAGUGGAGAUUGCUGUAAUCGGUGGUCUCAAUGAUAGCCUUUGGGUUGAUGUAUGUAAAGGCACCCUUCUUGAUGUUCCUGGUGGUUCAAAAAUUGGAACAACAAAACAAAUGGCUUAGACUGAAGAUGUCUUAAACCAGGAUGCUAUGAAGUUAUUAUCAUGCUGUGAUGGUUCUUGAAUGGCAACCAUGCUGAACAGUUCUUCUCUUUGCAUCAGUCAUUUAGGUACCCAUCCACACUAAGUCGCUCAUUGAGAUAUCGACAACUUCUUAAAUUUUCAGAAACUAUGUAUAGAAUAAGAUCAUUAUCUGCAUUUUGCAAGAUGAAUCGCGACUCGAUUCCAUAAGGUUUGAGAAAGUAUUACUCCAUGUUCAUGAUAUUUGAUUAAAAGGGUUGAUGUAUAUUGCUGGGUUCCUUAAUGUAAGUGUAUACACUAUACAUGAUAAUAUUUAUCAGCUACAGGAACAGUACAUAUUGCCAGGCUGCUAUUUUAGUUUGAAUGCCAUGAAUAUAACUUGCAUUAUUUUUUUAA